AUGGCCGCUUCACCAGGUAUCCCGCUGGAUACCGCUGUCAUCAUGUCAUCAGUGCUAGAAGGCAUUUUAUAUGGCUUUUCAGUCCUAAUGUUUUUAGGUACUAUCUGGAUAAUCACCUACAAACGUCGCACACGCGACGUCAAUCGGCCAGCUGUUGCAGUUGCCACCCUCCUGUUCUUACUGAGUACCAUGCACAUGGUCGUAGGCAUCAUUCGUAUUGAAGAUGGACUAGUGAAGUAUCGUGACACGUUUCCAGGCGGCCCAGCGGCGUUUUUUGCAGACAAUUCCGAAGAAACGCUUGUAGUCAAGAAUGCGAUUCUCGUCUUACAAACCCUGCUUGGCGACGGUGUGGUGAUUUAUCGAUGUUAUAUUGUGUGGCAAUCUGUAUGGAUUAUCAUUAUACCUUGCAUGAUGUGGUGUGGAGUUGCAGCGUUCGGUGUUGUUACGCUCUAUGACUUUUUGCAAGCGUCGAGUAACAAUGUCUUCACCAACAAGACUGGGCAUUUGGUCGCGACGUUCAUGACCUUGACACUUGCAACAAAUUUGCUUAGUUCAGGACUGUUAGCUUAUCGCAUCUGGAAGAGCGAACGUAAGGUCUCCGGAAUCCGCGCUACAAAGAGGAAGAUGCCUUUAUUACGCGUGUUCCUAGAUGCUGCUAUUUUGUACUCUGCAGCGCUCUGCUCCUCGAUCAUAUGUUUCAUCCUCUCGAACAACGGACUGUAUGUUAUGGGAGACUUGAACGUCCCGAUCAUCUCGAUUGCCUUCUACAUGGUGUUCAUUCGCAUGACAAGUAGUCGGCACAAUCGAGAUUACAUCUCAACUGUUCUUGGAGGGGGAAGUGGAUUAGAACACAGAAACUCGCAGCAAUAUCCUAUGCAGUCUUUGCACGACAUAUACAGGCAAAAUGAUACUACAUCCUUCUUGGUUGAUAACUCAAAAGCGCAUACAUUAGCAUAA